GCAGUAAACCGAUACAAAGGAAUGCCAUACCUAAAUUGGCUCAAGGUUCAGAAGAUUGUCUAUAUCUUAACGUAUAUACCAAGAAGCUAUAUAGCGAAAGCCCUUUGCCGGUUAUGGUUUGGAUCUACGGUGGUGGCUUUCAAUUAGGAGAGGCAACACGGGAUUGUUGUUCGCCGGAUUAUUUUAUGUUUAAAGAUGUGGUGUUGGUUACCUUUAACUACCGUAUUGGAGUGUUUGGAUUCCUAAGCCUUAAUGAUCCCGAAUUAGAUAUACCUGGUAAUGCUGGUCUUAAAGAUCAAGUCAUGGCUUUACGUUGGGUCAAGGAUAACAUACAUAAUUUUAAUGGCGAUCCGAAUAACAUAACGGUGUUUGGGAUAAGUGCUGGAGCAGCUUCAGCACAUUUCCUUAUGUUAAGCGAACAGGGACGUGGCUUAUUCAACAAGGCUAUUUUGCAAUCUGGUUGCGCUUUAAACCCUUGGGUUACGACAACUUUGGCUGAUAGGAAUUAUCGUUUUGCCUGCUCUCUUGGAUAUCAGGGUAAUAAUAAUGACCGGGAUAUCUAUGGAUUUCUAAGCAAGCUAGAAGCAAGAUAUAUGAUCGGUGCCGAAGACCGUCUUUUAAAUAAAGCAGAGCGUUUCGAUCACAUUGCAGCUGUAUUUCUUCCUGUAGUGGAACCAUACGAAACCCAUCAUUGUAUUAUUAGUAGAUCUUACAAAGAUUGUCUAAAGGAAGCUUGGAGUAACAACAUACCUUUGAUGAUUGGCGGCGUCUCGAAUGAAGGUCUUUUGUACAAAGUUGUCGUCGAUUUGUAUCCGUUCCUUAUCGAAGAACUGGACGAUUGCUCGUCAUUGUUAAUGCCAGAAACGAAAAUAUCGCGAACUCCACAAGAAAUCCAGAAAUUGUCUUUAGAGCUUAAGAGAACCUAUUUCGAAACUAGUAAAUUGUCUAUGAAACAAAACUUAUACGAAUAUUUACAUCUAUUUUCGCACCGCAAUUUCUGGCAUGGUAUACAUCGUGUCAUAUUAGCACGUCGCAAAUAUGCUUCAGUUGUUCCCACUUACUGUUAUCGUUUCGAUUUCGACUCAGACUUUUUCAAUCGAGUUCGUAUUUUAAUGUGUGGUUCCGAAUCAUAUGGAACUUGCCAUGGUGAUGAUUUAUGUUAUCUCUUCUAUAAUGUGAUGACGACUAGUUUAGACAUUAAUACCAAUGAAUAUAAAACCAUACAGAGAAUGAUAGCUAUGUGGUACAACUUUGCCUUAAAUUCGGAUCCCAACUGUCCGGAAAUACAACCAAUUAAAUGGGAACCACUACACAUGCAUCCAGAAGCAUAUAAAUGCUUGAAUAUUGGCGAAGAAUUGGAAUUUAUGGAACAACCUGGUUACAAUAAACUGAAGUUAUGGGAUAAAUUUUACGAGAAAGUGGGUUUAAUAUAAAUUACUAGUUAA